AUGAAUUUUUACAGGGAUGCAACAUGGGUACUUGAAGAUAUUGAGAAGGAAGCCGCUAAGGAGAGGAUUUCUGGCUCCAUGCAGACUCUGGUACUGAAAAGCUGCAAAAGGUAUAAGCUGAAAAGUAAUCCAAAGCAUGUUUAUGCAGUUCUCGAUUCGUGUUGGAAAUACAAACCAUAUUUAGAGAAAGUAAUGAAAAAGGCCCGCAUAUUGGAAGAUAUUCCCAAGAAAAAGGGCAAACCACUCUUUUCAAGACUAACUUUGUUGUUACUAUGUCAUGAUUUGUUAAUUUCUAAACAGAAAAGAAUUCAAAUGGGUAAGCACCCCAUCAAAGAUUACGUGUUGAAGUUCAAGAGCCCAUUACAUAGCGAAAUGGUCAAAUUAAAGCUAAAAUUGAAAGUGAGGAAUUUAUCCGAGCUGGUUUUAAGUGAGGACAUCGCCAACGAUCUUCCGCCUGUUAGAUGGAUUAGGAUCAAUCCAUUAAAAUGCUAUCCAAAUGGUAAGACUGAACCAGUAUUGGCCGAGUUGAGAAAAAAAUUUACUUUGAAGGUGGAAAAAUGGUCCGAAUUAGUUCCCGAAUCUAUCUACUAUGAUGAAUAUAUACCUAACUUGUUCGGAAUUCAUCCAUCUGAUAAGAUUACCGCACAUGAACUCUAUAAGAAUGGGAAAAUUAUCAUUCAAGACCGUGCCUCUUGUUUUCCUGCUCACAUUUUGAACCCGGGACCGAAUGAUAUUGUAAUAGAUGCCUGCUCUGCUCCAGGUAACAAGACGACUCAUACCGCUUCCUAUAUAUGUUCUGAACCGCCAAAAGACAGCAGAACUCGAAUAUACGCUUUCGAAAAAGAUCCAGAAAGAGCAAAAAUUUUGCAAAAAAUGAUCAAGAUAGCCGGAUGUUCUUCCAAUAUUGAUGUCAGUGUAGGUGAUUUUACAAAGCUUGCUACUCCCGAAAAAUUUAAGGAUGCUACUGGUUUUAUUGUAGACCCAAGUUGCUCUGGUAGUGGUAUAUUUGGUCGUAAAUUUUUUGACUCACUUAACAGAAAAAAGAUGGAUGAUAAGGAUGAUGACAAUGACAUCGUGCCGGAUGAGCAAGAGGAGUUCAUGGCGAAGGAAGAAUUACAAACGAGAUUAGCGAAACUAAGCUCAUUCCAGUUCCAAAUGGUCAAGCAUGCAAUGAGUUUUCCUGUGGCUAAAAAAAUAGUGUACAGCACUUGUUCCAUUCAUGCGGAGGAAAAUGAACGUGUGGUAAUAGACCUUCUUUUAGAUAAGGCCGUUCAAGAAUGGGGUUGGAGAGUAGCACCAAGAAGUGAAGUUAUUCCCUUUUGGCCUAGAAGAGGCAAAGUAGAAGAGUUCGAAGAAGUUUUCAGAGAAGGAGCCGCCCAUGACCCUCAAGAGCUUGCCGAGGGUUGCAUCAGAGCACUACCGAAAGAUGAUGGAGGCAUUGGUUUUUUUGCUGUCUGUUUUGAAAGGAAGUAA